AGCCACUGUUAUCAGUAGGUUAUUUUAAAAAUGUUUCUGUAAGGAAACUGUAAUCAUAAUUCUCUGAUCAGAGUCUGGUUAUGGCAGGCUUGACUGAAUCACCUAAUUUCUACCUAACUCUAGUGUCGCUAGUGUCGUUAUGGUUCACGCAAGGACACGCAAGUGGCAGCAACAUGAAUGGUAAAUACCUGGUAGCAAGUGGAGGAAACCAGGGGGUACCAUUCAACGACGACUACUCAAGCAAAGGCCAUGAAUAUUUUGAUGUUUAUUCCCCAGAAAUAGCCACACAUUAUGGCGAGGUCUUCUGGACAGACCAGGGCAACAACCCACUUCCGAAAGAAAUUAUCGACAGGUUCAAAGGAAAGGUCAUGGCCAUAACUGGGUAUGAGCAAGAUCAGGUAAUGGUAUCGCCGGUAGGUCAACCCGGUGUCAACCCUGGUGCUGAUGUCUCCGUUCCGAUUAACUGGGCAUAUAACCACCACUACCAAGCAUGGAUGACCGGAAAUCAUUCCGAAAUGGUCCGAAUACCUAACCCAGAUCCGAAUGACGUAAGAGUUCAUGGUUCGCCCAUGAAAUGGAUGGCUAUAGACAAACCAUCUGCCGGAGAACGCAUCAACAAGAACAUACCAACCAGUCAACUGUUUAGUGAAGGUAAUGGUGGUGAAUCUCGAAAAAGCUUCCACGGCUACCCGACAGGAUAUGCACAGUUGAUUGAUUCCCCAAAUAUGUGGCAUAUUACACCAAUGCAGAUAGAUACAAGGAACCGUGACUGUGGUAUUACUCCAAAAGACAUAAACAAUUGCACUGAUCACACAGUACCAGGACCCGAACCCAAACAAGCAAGGUAUGGACUUGGAAUGCCGAAAGGUGGAUCCCCCUACUCUGGAAUACUUGAGUGCCCAUGUAACUCACGAUAUGGUGGGGAUCCAUCAAUUUAUGGCAAAGACACCAAAACAAAGACUGUUACUCAUCAUUACACAUGUGUAUCGCGGUCCUCAUGCCAAUCUGCUACAGUGGUGAGUGCUUCUGAAUGCUUCAGCUCAGUUGAAAUGCUAGGAAUUAAGGCAAGUAAGAACGUAACGGUAUCUUCUCCUACAAAUUCAGUGCCACAUGGAUGCUCAGUGCAAUCGUCAUCAGACGGUACAUGGACAGUUACAUAUAACAGAUUUCAGAGCUCUGCCAAAUGUUCUACCUCUCCUACGAGAUCUGGAACUGCACGCUUUAGCAUUGGGACAACAUCUAAGGUAGAUCUUAACAGUACAACAGCAAUGAUCACCAUUUCUGGUCCAUCUAAUGUUUGGUUUGGAAUCGGAUUCAACGCAAGUCACAUGACUGACUCUCCAUAUACAAUAAUUGUGAAUUCGACGGGAGUCUACGAACGUAAGAUUGGUACAUGUGGAAGCGAAGCUGAACACUGUCCCGGAGAUCCAUUGGAAAAUUCUGUUCAAGUAGUGUCCAGCAAAGUUGCCGAUGAUAUAAGAACAGUAAUGUUGACACGACCCCUUAAAGGAAAAACGAACAAACACUACACGUUUAACCCGUCAGUGCAAUCUCAAAUAAACAUGAUUUCUGCCAUAGGAUCAAGUCAAAUGUUUGCAUAUCACCAAAACAGGACAAGUGGUGUUUUGACACUAAUGACUAAAGCUGAACCAAAUUGCAUCUGUGAUAUAGGUAGUAUUGGCCAACUGUGCGAUACAAAUGGGACUUCAUGUGACUCAUUUACAAAAAAUUGCGUACCGCCACCUGCUGCUGACCUAUUUAGUCAACGAAACCCAACAUGUAACUCAAAGCAGUAUGCUGGUGGUCUGCGAUGCUGCAAACACAAGCGUAUUAUGCUUGAUGCGGAUCAGCCAAUCAGGCCUGAACUUUUAAGAUAUCACAUGAAAUUUCGAUUUUGGUUUCAGGAAUAUGAAAUUAACGGCGAGCAAGUAUCGCAUUACAAUCUUCAGCGUAUAUACUACCAAACAGAAGCCUGGGCUGGGGAAUAUGACAUUCCACCUGCCUUUGCACUUCCAGGGAAACCUAUUCCUGGUUACCCUAAUUGGCCAGAAAAGACUCCUACUCCAGGAACAACUUGUACCGGAAAAUGUCCAGACGGUGAUGACUGUGAGUGUGUCCACACGAUCACGUAUAAAUGGACCGUGAGCAACAUUCGACUAAUUUACGCUGGUGGACACUGCCAUGCACCGUCUUGUAUAUCAAUGUCUCUAUAUAGGAACGAUACCGGUCACGAAAUGGAGUUACUUUGCGAACAGGUUCCAGUUCUCGGAAAGGGUAAUGUUACGCAUGACAAAUAUGAUGAAACAGGUUAUAUCGCCAUACCACCGUGUCUGUGGGGCAAUGAUAAGGGACUCAAUCCUUCGGUAAUGUUGCCACCAAACACUCCUAUGGUGUCUAUAAAGCACAACAGGAACACGCACAUGGGCCAUUAUGGUGAAAUGGCAAUGUGGCAGAUGAGAGGAACAUCCUUUUAAUGAAUCAAUAAAUUGUUGUUGAUACAUAAUUUAUAUAGAACUAAACUGACAACUGAAACAAUACGCAUUUUUUUCUAUUUUACCGUUGUUGAAUGGUGUGUGUUUCAAUAAGCAUAUGUCGUUGAAUUACUGUGAUUUUUGCUAGACCUUUCUCAAGAUAAAAUGAAAUUGCUGAAAGUGUUUUUGUUUCUGUCUAACGAUUUAUUUGUUCGUAAUAAUAUUAUUGCACAUGAUAGUGACAUUAUUAUUACAUUGAUUCAAGAACUGGAUAUAUUUUUUUUUUUUGGAUUAAGAGCCACACAGACACAAUUUAGUGAUAUGCGAGUUAUCCAGCUUUUGAUGGUGGAUGAAGAUACCAUAUGCCCCCACGGGCAUUAUUUCAGGCAUGUGCGGUUACUUGGAUAGAACAAUUUACCUUCCAAAAGCGAUUUGCAUGAAAAAUUAUGUAUGCAUGAGUUGGAUAAACUUCUUCUAUAUACGUAAGUGAGAAAGGUCAUUUUGUAUAUGACUUCCUGC